UCGUCGCCGACCCCUCCUCCCUCCCCGCGUCCCCCGACAAGCCAUCCGCGGCCAUGAUCACCGCGCUGGACCUCUACCACGUGCUGACGGCGGUGGUGCCGCUGUACGUGGCCAUGACGCUGGCGUACGGCUCCGUCCGCUGGUGGCGCAUCUUCACGCCGGACCAGUGCUCCGGGAUCAACCGCUUCGUGGCGCUCUUCGCCGUGCCGCUCCUCUCCUUCCACUUCAUCUCCACCAACGACCCCUUCGCCAUGAACCUGCGCUUCCUGGCCGCCGACACGCUGCAGAAGGUGGCCGUCCUCGCGCUGCUGGCGCUGGCCUCCCGCGGCCUCUCCUCCCCGCGCGCGCUCGGGCUCGACUGGAGCAUCACGCUCUUCUCCCUCUCCACGCUCCCCAACACGCUCGUCAUGGGCAUCCCGCUGCUGCGAGGCAUGUACGGCGCGUCGUCGGCCGGCACGCUCAUGGUCCAGGUCGUCGUCCUCCAGUGCAUCAUCUGGUACACGCUCAUGCUCUUCCUCUUCGAGUACCGCGCCGCGCGCGCGCUCGUCCUCGACCAGUUCCCCGACGGCGCCGCCGCGUCCAUCGUCUCCUUCCGCGUCGACUCCGACGUCGUCUCGCUCGCCAGGGGGGACGUCGAGCUCGAGGCCGAGCCCGACGGCGUCGCCGGCGCCGGCGCCGUCUCCUCCCGCGGCGGGGACGCCGGGCGGGUGCGCGUCACCGUGCGCAAGUCCACCAGCUCGCGCUCCGAGGCCGCGUGCUCGCACUCGCACUCCCAGACCAUGCAGCCCCGUGUGUCCAACCUCUCCGGCGUGGAGAUCUACUCGCUGCAGUCGUCGCGCAACCCCACCCCGCGCGGGUCCAGCUUCAACCACGCCGACUUCUUCAACAUCGUCGGCGCCGCCGCCAAGGGAGGCGGAGGAGCGGCGGGGGACGAGGAGAAGGGCGCAUGCGGCGGCGGCGGCGGAGGACACUCGCCGCAGCCGCAGGCCGUCGCCGUGCCGGCCAAGAGGAAGGACCUGCACAUGCUCGUCUGGAGCUCCAGCGCCUCGCCCGUGUCCGAGCGCGCCGCCGUGCACGUCUUCGGCGCCGGCGGCGCUGACCAUGCCGACGUCCUCGCCAAAGGAGCCCAGGCCUACGACGAGUACGGGCGCGACGACUACAGCAGCAGGACGAAGAACGGGAGCGGCGGCGCGGACAAGGGCGGGCCGACGCUGUCGAAGCUGGGGUCCAACUCGACGGCGCAGCUGUACCCCAAGGACGACGGCGAGGGGAGGGCGGCGGCGGUGGCGAUGCCGCCGGCGAGCGUGAUGACGCGGCUCAUCCUCAUCAUGGUGUGGAGGAAGCUGAUCCGGAACCCCAACACCUACUCCAGCCUCAUCGGCGUCGUCUGGUCCCUGGUCUCCUACAGGUGGGGCAUCGAGAUGCCAGCGAUCAUCGCCCGGUCGAUUUCGAUCCUGUCGGACGCGGGUCUCGGGAUGGCCAUGUUCAGCCUAGGCCUGUUCAUGGCGCUGCAGCCGAGGAUCAUCGCGUGCGGGAACAAGCUGGCGGCCAUCGCGAUGGGCGUCCGGUUCGUCGCAGGCCCCGCGGUCAUGGCCGCCGCCUCCAUCGCCGUCGGUCUGCGCGGCGUCCUCCUCCACAUCGCCAUCGUCCAGGCUGCUCUGCCUCAGGGGAUCGUGCCGUUCGUGUUCGCCAAGGAGUACGGCGUUCAUCCCGACAUCCUGAGCACAGCCGUGAUCUUCGGGAUGCUCAUCGCUCUGCCCAUCACCCUGGUCUACUACAUCUUGCUGGGGCUGUGAGCCUCUCUCGCUCGCUUCUUCAGCGUGCGGAAGGCGCCAUGCUGUGGUGUAUCGGCCCCACAUGAAAUUUCUGAUGAGCAUUAGCGAUUACUAUUAGCUUAGGUAGGGAAACGAAAGAUAGCUCCGACGACAGCGAUCUAUUCAGUGAUUCAGUGAGUGAGGCAUUGCGAUCUGUCAAACAUGCUGACCUGCGGUCGAAGAAUCGAUAUAUAUAUAUCUUAUCUUGCUUCAUGCUGUCUGAAGAUAAACAUUAUAUAUCUUGUUUCCUUUGGAGAAAUAUUAGCAAUUUUAGCAAU